AUGGCGAAUCACCCUCCCGGUGACGACCAAGGCCUAGCCGAUCCAAUUUUACUUGAGAAAAUCGACAAGCUUUUCGCCUGCAACAUUGGAAAUUACAUCAACCUCCCUCAACUAGUUGUUGUGGGAGACCAGUCAAGUGGCAAAAGCUCUGUCCUGGAGGGGCUUACUAGAUUGGCAUUUCCUCGGGACAGCGGCCUGUGUACAAGGUUCGCAACUCAGAUUAUAUUUCGUCGGUCCAAAAAUACCGAGAGAAAAAUUAUGGCUUCUAUAAUUCCGGACUCCAACGCCGAGGACGCAUAUGCAUCGAAGUUAAAAGAGUGGAAAGGCAAAAACCUGCAAUCUCUUGAUAUCGAGUCAUUCUCUGAAAUGAUGACGGAGGUUCAUACCCUCAUGGGUGUUUCUCGUUUGAAAGAUGACGGAUUACCUACGUUCUCUAGUCACGUAUUGCGAGUGGAAAUUUGUGGGCCGCAAGAAGAUCAUAUUAGUGUGAUUGAUGUUCCUGGAAUCUUUCGCAAUGUGAUACCCGGAAAAUCCACGAAGGAAGACAAAAGUUUGGUGCGUGACAUGGUACAGGCAUAUAUGAGAAAUCCUCGCUCUAUCAUUUUGGAAGUGGUGCCGGCGAACGUUGAUAUAGCGACCCAAGAGAUUAUUGAGAUGGCCCACGAGCUUGACCCCGAUGGCGAGAGAACACUGGGAGUUCUAACCAAGCCCGAUUUGGUAGACAAGGGCGCGGAGGAAAAAGUCAUUGAUCUCAUCAGAGGAAAAGAUAUGCAAGUAAGGCUCGGAUGGGUGAUUGUUCGAAACCUUGGACAAAGGGAACUAUCUGGAGGUAUAGAUCGAGAUACAGCUGAAGAGGAGCACCGCCAAAAGCACCCUUGGAGCAUUAUUGGCCGUGAUAGCUUUGGAAUCGAAGCACUCAAGAUUCGUAUUCGGGACAUUGUGACCACAAAUGCGCGCCAGGCCUUUACAUCGGUCAGGUAUGAAAUUAGCAAAAACCUCAAGGCCCGCCAAGUUGGCCUUCGGGGUCUUGGACCCGAGCGGAAAACGAUGGAGCAGCAAGUGCAAUACUUGCUUGAUAUUGUUUACUCGUUCCAAAAUCUUACCAUGCAAGCAUUGGGAGCAAAUUACAGUUCGAACGAUGCUUUCGAAAGUUAUAACGAACUUCGACUAGCUACUGAGGUUGUUACAAGAAACGAAAAAUUCUCAGAAGAUCUAUCCCGGUGGGGUCAUUUGAUCAACUUCAAUAGCGCGUUGCCCCUACAAGCCAACGCUAACGACAUUGCUUCGAAACAUACAAAAUCAGAGAGACAGCUCAUAUCCUCAAGAAAAGUAAAGGAUAUUCCGGAAAUCCAGGAGAUUCUGCCAGAAUCAUCAAAUAUAUCCCCUCCUUUAAGUCAUGAUAUAUGCUCCUGGAUAGGCGAUGAAUACCGCCAAUCCCGAGGCUUUGAAAUUGGCACGUUUAAUCACGUCCUUCUGGCGAGCCUAAUGAAGAAACAGUCGUUCAAAUGGGCAUCCUUGGCGAAAGGAUACAUCGGUGAUAUAAUCACCAUUGUUCAUGCCUACAUCGCUACCGGAGUGAGACAGUUGCUCGAGAGAUAUCAGAGUGCGAUUGACGAAGUAGAUUUUUUGCUUUUUGUUGAAAGAUCAAUAACACCAAUGACGGUUAAUCACUACCUCAAUGAUAAUCUGGAAAAAUGUCGCCAGAAACGCGCAAGUUCGAUACAAGCAAAGAAAGCAUUCGACAGUCCGGAAGGGAAGGUAGUGCGUGUCGAUGAUCUGAAUCAUCACCAGAAUAUGAGUAAUGCCGAACAUGCUGUCCAAGACCUUCAGGAUAUUCUGGAAUCGUACUACAAAGUUGCGCGCAAGAGAUUUGUUGACAACGUUUGCAUACAGGCAACGGGAUAUUACCUAAUGCAAGGGCCAAUUACCCCGAUGGGUUUGUUGUCACCUUCUCUGGUCAGCAGUCUGGGCAGAGAACAGCUUGAUGCGAUUGCAGGGGAGGAGGCCACAUUGAAAAGGAAGCGAGAGCAGCUACACAAGGAAAUAGCUGAUCUUUCCAUUGCAAGAGAUAUUUUGCAAUAA